GGCAUAUCAAGCGAGUCAAAGAUGAACAGAUUCGGCUCGAGACAUGUUCCCCAGAGGUUCAAAUUGAGAAUUCUUCCUGGAGUCUAUUUAUCAGCCUUGAGUUUUAGUACCCUUGCCUCGCAAGUCAAGUAAACCCUUACAGAAAUGAUCAGACACAAGGGAAUCCCUACGGCCCUCGAGUCGUACGUACUUUGGAAUGUGGGGCAUCACGCAAAGAUCGUUUCGGAUCACCUGUGGAAUUUUUCUUCUUGUCAUGUUGCAUUGCAUUGAUAAUACACCACUAAUAAGAGUACUUGAAACCCAACCCCCCCAGCUGGAAAUGUGGACGAACACUCACUUCUCAUCAAAGAAGCAUCUACUUCUGCCUACAAUUCGUUAUCAAUGUAGAAAUCUCUUUCAACAUUCUCUAGCUUUGCUUGUUUUUCUCUUUACCUUAUCUAUCUUGAUACCCCUGACAGUCGCAUGACUCUCAUUUAAGAUACCCUCUUUGAAUUAAUUAAUUGUGACAUAUAAGCACAAAAUGACAGUCUAUGAUAUAGAAAACAAUCCCAACGAAAAAGUUCUCCCGUCAGGGGUGUACCGAAGCAAGAUCCCUUAUUUCCGCAUGCUCAUUGAUCAGGGCGCCAUCACCCAGAAUGUCCUCCACUUUGACUACCCCGGCUCAGGAACGGAGGAGGAUCCAUAUGUCGUGUCCUGGAUCUCAAAUGACUCCCGCAAUCCCCAGCUCUUCAGUUUUGCCAGAAAAUUGACCAUUACUCUGGUCGUCGCGUUUUCAACAAUGGUCGUCGCCUUGACAUCGUCUACAUACAGCGGCAGUGUUGGGAGUAUAGUUACAUCAUUCGACGUCAGCACGGAGGUAGCGACCCUGGGACUAUCACUCUUUGUCCUAGGUUUUGCAGUGGGUCCCCUACUUUGGGCGCCCAUUAGUGAAGUCUUCGGACGCCAGAGACCCUUCUUUGUCAGCUUCCUGGUCAUGGCUGCAUUUUCAGCUGGCUGUGCCGGCGCUCAGAAUAUCUGGUCACUACUGAUCCUGCGCUUCUUCGCAGGUGCAUUUGGAUCUGCACCGUUGACCAAUGCUGGAGGCACGAUAUCUGAUAUGUUUACAGCCCGCCAGCGCGGUCUAGCGCUCAGUUUGUACGCUGCAGCACCCUUCUUGGGGCCUGCCCUAGGUCCAAUUAUCGGCGGGUUCCUGAGCAUGAACGCUGGCUGGAGAUGGGUGGAAGGCCUUCUGGCCGCUUCUGGGGGACUUGUGUGGAUCAUGAUGGCGUUCGCAGUUCCGGAGACAUAUGCGCCUCUUCUAUUACGGCAACGUGCUGAGCGCCUGUCACAAGUCACAGGCAAAGUCUACCGUAGCAAAAUUGAGCUCGAAAAAGGCAAAGUGGCGCUUAAUACCUUGCUUAGAAGGUCCCUCUCUAGGCCAUUGGUACUACUUUUCACAGAGCCCAUUGUCCUCCUCUUUGCCGUCUAUAUCGCCAUCAUCUACGGUACAUUAUAUAUGUUCUUCGCCGGAUUUCCCAUUGUAUAUGAGCAGGGUCGAGGAUGGAACCCCGGGGUUGGAGGCCUAGCCUUCCUUGGUAUCAUGAUCGGCAUGAUAAUAGGCAUCAUCUUCACUCUUCCCGCCAACAUGCACUUCAUAAAGAUUCAGGACCGACUCGGCGGCUUUGCCCCCCCGGAAGCUCGACUUCUCCAGUGUAUGGUCGGGGCUGUAGCUAUCCCAAUUAGCCAGUUCUGGUUCGCCUGGACGGACUAUCCUUCCAUUCAUUGGAUCGUCAGUAUCAUCGGUACGGCACCAUUCGGCUUUGGCGUCAUCCUCAUCUAUCUCGGUGUUAUGAACUACCUAAUUGACUCGUACACCAUCUACGCAGCAUCUGUGCUUGCUGCCAACACUAUCCUCCGCUCUAUAUUCGGUGCCGUCUUUCCCCUUAUUACGGGAUACAUCUAUGAUGGCGUCGGUAUUCACUGGGGCCCAUCUAUUCCCGCAUUCCUGUCGCUGCUGUGCACGCCCGCUCCUUUUUUGUUUUACCGUUAUGGUGCUGAUAUCCGCAAGCGGUGCAGGUAUUCCGCUGAAUCAUUCCACUACAUGCAAAAGUUACAAGAGAAUGCGACAAACAGUGCCAACACACAGACCAAGCAACCAGCCGUGCAGGCGAAUGAGUAUUCUUCUUCAGAAACGAAAUAGGCAGUUGAUUUGUCUUCCGACAAGAGCUGCCUCUUAACCCUGUGUGAAUAUUGGUACAGGCGUAUAUAGAAGCUGUUUGCACAUACAUGUGGGUUAUGGGUACUAGAGAUAAUGCUUUAGACAAAAGUUUAGAGUAUAUUAGAUCAGGCGAAUAUUUAUUUUGACAUACUUGUUUUCUUUCUACUUUAUAUAGAGCGUUUUACAAUGUUCCUCGCCACUGGACA